UGACGGUUCCUGCGCUGCUUUUCCUCUCCGAUCUGAAAAGUGCUACAGCGCACAUCGCCGGCUCCUUGAAGGCGUCCAGCACAUGUUCCAGCUUCGCUUGAAUCUCGCAGUGAUUCCUCGUUCCACUUGGUGCUGACCUUCUGGGGCUAACUGCCAGGCUUCCAACAUCAUGCCAACCAUUGAUGAAGUUCUGCAGGAGGCUGGAGAGUUCGGACGUUACCAGAAGAGGGUCUUUCUCCUGCUGUGCAUGACUGGCAUCACAUUUGCAUUCUCUUUUGUCGGGAUAGUGUUCCUUGGACAGAUCCCUGAGAGUUACUGGUGCAGGAGCUCAGAGGUGGCUGAAAUCAGUAAGAACUGCAGCUGGAGCCCACAGGAGGAGAGAAACUUCACUGUGCCAAGAGCAAAAGAUGGCCAACCUGACCAAAGCCUGUGUUACACUUAUGACAUAGCCUGGAAUGACACCAGCAUUCCUUUCAGCUGUGCCAGUCCUUUGUAUUCCCUUCUCAACCAGAGCCUAGAGCAGCUGCCAGUUAUACCAUGCCAGGAUGGCUGGGUGUAUGAAGAAUAUCGGACAACCAUCAUCAGUCAGUACAACCUUGUAUGUUCAGAUGCCUGGAAACUUGACAUGACACAGUCUUCACUGAACUUUGGAUUUUUAAUAGGUGCUCUGAUUUUGGGUUAUGCAGCAGACAGAUAUGGAAGAAAAGUUAUAUACCUGAUAUCUUCCUUUGGAGUAGGAUUAUCUGGAAUUGGUGCAGCAUUUGCACCAAACUUUUAUGUUUUUGUCUUUUUUCGCUUCCUACAAGGCAUCUUUGGAAAAGGAACUUGGAUGACUUGUUAUGUUAUUGUUACAGAGUUGGUGGGAUCAAAACAAAGACGUAUUGUUGGCAUUGUUGUUCAGAUGUUUUUCACAUUGGGAGUGAUGAUCAUUCCUGGUAUUGCUUAUUUGAUUCCUACAUGGCAAGGCGUCCAGUUGGCUAUUUCCUUGCCAAACUUCCUCUUUCUUCUGUAUUACUGGUUCAUCCCAGAAUCCCCACGCUGGCUGUUAAUACGCAAAAAGAAAGACAAGGCUAUGCACAUUAUGAGUGACAUCGCAAAGCACAAUGGAAAAUAUCUCACUCCAAACUAUUGCCAGAUAACAGUAUCUGAUGAAGAAGUUACCAAUCCUGCAUGCAUGGAUCUGGUCAGAACUCCACAGAUGAGAAAGUGUACUUUAAUUCUUAUGUAUGCAUGGUUUACAAGUGCAGUCAUUUACCAGGGUCUUGUUAUGCGCCUAGGGAUCGUAUCUGGGAAUUUAUAUACAGACUUUUUUAUUUCUGCUGUGGUGGAGUUACCAGCUGCUGUUCUUAUUCUAAUCUCAAUUGAUCGCAUUGGGAGGAAACUUCCAUUUGCCUUGAGUAAUGCUGGAGCGGGCAUAGCUUGCCUAAUAACUGCUGCAAUAUCAAAAGAUGUAAUGUGGCUUAAAAUAACGUUAGCCACACUGGGACGACUGGGAAUCACAAUGGCUUUUGAAAUAGUAUACUUCAUUAAUACAGAACUGUAUCCAACACCACUGAGAAAUUUUGGUGUAUCGUUAUGUUCAGGAAUGUGUGAUUUAGGAGGAAUUAUUGCACCAUUUCUGCUAUUCCGAUUGGCUGAAUUAUGGGUGGAGCUGCCGCUCAUCAUAUUUGGAAUUCUUGGCCUUAUAUGUGGCGGCCUAGUUAUGCUAUUACCUGAAACAAUGGGAAUAUCCUUACCAGAAACAAUUGAGGAUGUUGAAAAUCUUUCAAAGCGUCUAAAACCUGGGGAAAAAGAGAAGAUGGACAGUGCUAUUUUUCAAGGUCAUAUAAAAACUGAUGUAAGAUGACCUUCACCCAGACAAAACAUUUUGCGAAUUAAAUCAAGAUUUGUCUGCUACCAGCUUUGUACAUGUAUAUAAAAUGUAUAUGCUAAACUGUUAAA